UUGUUCACCAGGACAGAACUAAGGCCUGCCUGCUACAAUGCUAAGGCAUUUAAGCCCUGUCUAUGUUUUUAAAUCCACCUUUUUUAAAAAGAUGACGGCAUAGGCUCCCUGUGGAAGUAUCGCUUGUUACUAAGCAAAUCUUUCAUCGUGAUUUAGUAGGGGGUUUCUUCACAACGGGCCCAGAAUUAAAGACAAGAAGGCCUGUGGGACCCCAGGGACAGCUCACAGUGAGCGUCUGCCGUGCCUGGGAGCCGCCCUGCCAGCCCACGGUGUGACCCCUGCAGGCUUCCUGGCAUUGGCGCAGAACAUUCCUCUGCUCUGAGAAGGAGGCAGCAGGUUUCGCCUCCUGAAUUCUUCCCCGCUGUUGGACGCUGAAGUGACUCAGCAGCAGCACAGAAGCUUUCUUUCUCUCUCUGUAAAGCCAGAAGACAGUUUGGGACCAUGAAGCCCUGCUCCCUCAUUUUAAAGAGGAGGGAACUGAGCCCCAGAGAGAGGCCCCAAGUCACCCAGUGGGUGGGGGUGGACACAGUGCCCAGGCAGGAGAUAGCAGCUAGUGGUGUCCACUGAGGUAGUUCUGUUCUCACUGCCUCCCUGCCUCCCAAGAUUUCGACUCCCGCGGGCACCUGAGCGAGCGCGGCAGCUGCCCGGCGGGGCCAUGGCCAGCACGGCCGUGCAGCUCCUGGGCUUCCUGUUCUGCUUCCUGGGCAUGGUGGGCACGCUGAUCACCACCAUCCUGCCGCACUGGCGCAGGACAGCGCACGUGGGCACCAACAUCCUGACGGCCGUGUCCUACCUGAAGGGGCUGUGGAUGGAGUGCGUGUGGCACAGCACGGGCAUCUACCAGUGCCAGAUCUACCGCUCGCUGCUGGCGCUGCCCAGCGACCUGCAGGCGGCCCGCGCGCUCAUGGUCAUCUCCUGCCUGCUCUCGGGCGUGGCCUGCGCCUGCGCGGUGGUGGGCAUGAAAUGCACGCGCUGCGCCAAGGGCACGCCGGCCAAGACCACGUUCGCGGUGCUGGGCGGCGCGCUCUUCAUCCUGGCCGGCCUGCUCUGCAUGGUGGCGGUCUCCUGGACCACCAACGACGUGGUGCAGAACUUCUACAACCCGCUGCUGCCCAGCAGCAUGAAGUUCGAGAUCGGGCAGGCCCUGUACCUCGGCUUCAUCUCCUCGUCCCUGUCGAUCAUCGGCGGCACCCUGCUCUGCCUGGCCUGCCAGGACGAGGCGCCCUCCAGGCCCUCCCAGGCUCAGGCCAGGGCCACCACUGCCACCGCGGCCACCACCGCGCCCUCCUACCGGCCACCCACCGCCUACAAAGACAACCGGGCUCCCUCGAUCACCUCGGCUUCCUACAGCGGGUACAGGUUGAACGACUACGUGUGAGUCCCCAGGACCUGCCCCUCCCUGAGCACCGUAAGACAUCAGGACGCAGGACCACGGCACAAAGUUUACUUCUGGGCUGUUUUUUGUGCCCAAAGGCAUAAUGUGAACUGAGGAAGUGGGCUUAGAACACAGGGAAGGAGGGGGAACUGAGAACAGGAGAAAAGCUCUGUAUACCAAAGACUUAAAAAAACAAACAACAACCCUUUCUGUUUUUGUAUUUAUUAUAUGUAUUUAUGUGGGUGAUUUAAUGACAGCCGAAUUAAAAGUGAAUGGGAGUUUGGUGAGUGGGGUUUAUUUGC